CUUUUUCAUUCAGAAUGAAUAGGAACCAGGCUUUUGUGUACAUAACGCCACCUAUGAUGAAUAAUAAUGGUGGACAAAAUAAAAAAUUACUGACUUUUUCCUGACAAAAGUGAAAUUACAUACAAGAAUAAGAAAAAUUUAAGCUGAUAUAUGAAGAGUUCAAUAAAGAAAAGAUAGUAAAUAUGCCGGCUGCAACUAUAACAAUGAAUGAAGGUGAUGUGGUGAAGCUUAUCUCGGAAUUCUUACAAAAUCGUGAUUUGAACAUUUCCAUGCUGUCUUUGGAAAGAGAGACCGGUGUUAUAAAUGGACAUUUUUCAGAUGACAUGUUGUUUCUUCGACAGUUAAUUCUUGAUGGACAGUGGGAUGAUGUUAUAGAAUUUAUUCUACCGUUAGAAACGAUCGAAGGUUUUGAUGGCAAAAAAGUUAAAUAUCUUGUCACAAAACACAAAUAUCUAGAGCUUCUUUGUAUUAAGUCAGAACCAAAUGUGUUACAAAACUAUGACUUUACUGUUGAUGAAGUAGUUAAAACCCUCAACAGCCUUGAAAACCUUUGUCCAACUAAGGAAGAUUAUAGUAAUUUGUGUUUACUUUUAACUUUACCAAAAUUGUCUGACCAUGCAGACUAUCAUGACUGGAAUCCCAGUAAUGCAAGGGUAGAGUGCUUCCGCAGUGCUUACCUUCUUUUGGAAAAAUUUAUGCCAGUUGACAAGACUGAAAAUAAACUGUCAAUGUCACAGAAUGACAGACUACUUCAGUUACUUUUGAAAGGUUUGUUGUUUGAGUCGUGCAUUGAAUAUUGCCAGCAACAAGCUACUAAAGAAGGCAGUGGUGAAAUUGAGGUGAAGGAUGUGUCAUUGUUACAGGAUAAUGGUUUCAGUGAUGCUGACCUGAGUUUGUUGUCAUGGUUACAAAGUGUUGCGCCAGAAGUAUUUUCUAUUCCAUUUGAACAAAAGAACUUAAAUCUUGACAUACGACCGCUAAUGAAACCUUCCCUUGAAGCUUCAUGGUCAGAACAAAUACUUGUCACACCAAUAAAACCAAAGAUGUUCCCACAUUCUGCUGUUCCAAACAUGCGUCCUAGGUCUGCUGAUAUCAUGUCAAGGUCAUUAAAUCCCCAGUUUGAUGGGUUGACUAGCGGAUUGUGGCAAGGGAGAAAUGUCAUGACAUCAUCAUUAAAUGCAAGAAACAUUUUAUCUCAGUCAGUUGUACCUGGAAGCUUGAUGUCACAAAGUUUGAGAAAAAAUCCAAUGGAAAUGUCAAUAUGUAAAUUAUUUGCAGAAGGUGAUAAACUUGACACAGAAGCAGCUGUCGGUGAAAAACUUGAACCUAAAAAGGUAGAAAUUGAGCCCCCAAGUCAGCCUGUCCAGAGACCUACACAAAUACAAAAUAUUCAAUCCACAGAUCAACCAAAUAGAUGUAAUACGCCACCAAGGAUGUCUACAAGCUUCCACAAUAAAGCACCAACAAACUCUGUCAGAUUGCAACAGUCACAGCCAUUUCAGCCACAACGUUCGCAGUCACCUUCACACAGUAUCACAGUUGAUAAUCGUUCAAGUGUCGACAAAAAUUCAGAGACUCAAGGAAGUCAAAAUGGAUCAGUGACAGUCAGAGAUUCAAGUUCUGAGCUUUAUAAAGAAUACCAGAAACAAAGACAGUUACUUCAGCAAAAAUUAGAAGAGCAAGAAAAGCAACGCGAGCUGUUUACAAAAGAACUGAAAGAAUUAGAAAAAAGGGAAAUGAGCCUGGAGGAUAACAAACUGAGGGAGACUGGAACGCCAAGAAGUGCUGUAGAGGUCAAGCAAAGAAGAGUUGCUCAAGAUGUUGUUACAAGUACUCCGAAACAGGAUGAUUUGCGUGCAAGCCCACCUAGUACAGACCCAGAAACCAGUCCUGAUAUUGGUGUCUCUUAUGAAGAGGGAGAAAAAGAUUUUGAAGAGUCAAAGUGUGGUUCCCCUCUCAAUAUAGCUCAGCAUAGACUGAAGCCAAAACUCCAGGAACUAGAGUUUACUCCUAUCAUGACUCCUUCAGAAUUAGAUAGAGCUGGGAUGUACAUGGAGCCACCAAGUUUCUUAGAUAACAACACUACAGAGAACUUUUCUGUAUCUGAUAUAGACAAUAAUAACCGACCAAUUCCUGUCCUUGAUCUUGACAAGAAUGUAGACAGUGAAGUCCAAACCAUUGAUGUCAUAAAUGAUGAAAAAAGCCCUUCAUUUGUAGGCUCACCAGUGAAAGCUGCAAAGAAAGUUGACAAAAAUGUCAGGAAAAGUAAACCAGCCAAUACCAGUUCCACAAAAACCACCUCAAAGGAUAUUGGAAGCAAAAGACCAUUAAGUAGGUCACAGUCCACAAGAAAUGGGACAAAACCCUCUGAUAUCAAAAGCAAGACCCUUCCAAGAUCUCACUCUGUACGACAAAAAUCAGAUGUUGCAAAGCCUGGUACCAGACCUGAUAGCACAGCUCAGAACAAAAGUCAGACUUUACCACGGCCUAAGAAAACUGAGCAAGGAAGCAAAUCACCUAGCAGGCCAAAUAAUAUAAAUCUUGCAGCUGGGCCAGGACCUAGAAAGAUGGGAAAGGCAGCAUUGAAACAGCAGAACCCAGGAGGUCAGGACAGUCGUAGUUUACAUAUGUCACAUUUAGACACCCCAAGCCCUGUUCACAGAUCAAAGAGAAGCUCAGCUGAUGGAAGAUCAAGAUUCAUACCAGUUACUACCCUUGAAGAUAUGCAAGCUAUUCGAACUGUGUCAUUUCACCCAUCUGGGGAAAUGUACAUGAUUGGUUCAAAUACAAAAACUCUGAGAGUGUGUGAAUUCCCAGACCUGAAUGAAUUGGUAGCUGAUCACAUGACUUACCCGACUAAGAUUCUAUGUCAGAAACACAAACAUCAUAAAGGGAGCAUAUACUGCUCUGCAUGGAGUCCCCUUGGAGAUUUGAUAGCUACUGGUUCCAAUGACAAGACCAUUAAAAUCAACAGAUUUAAUAUGGAUAGUUGUACAAUAGAUGGUCAGGACAUUGAGCUUUCAUUUCAUGACGGAACUGUGCGAGACCUUGUAUUUAUGCAGGAUAUUAGUAACAGGGCCUCCUUAUUAAUCAGUGGUGGCGCUGGAGAUAGUAAGAUUUAUGUCACAGAUUGUGAAAGUGCUAUGCCUAUCAGAGCCAUGGCUGGACAUUCAGGUGUUGUUUACUCACUACAUACCUGGGGCAGAUGUAUGUUUGUUAGUGGUGGCCAGGACAAGACUGCAAGAUUCUGGGAUCUGAGAGCCUCCACACCAAUUACUGUUGUACCUAGUCCAACUGGAAGCCCAUUUGCGUCAGUGUGUGUGGACCCAUCAGAGAGACUGCUAGCAUCAGGACAUGAGGAUGGUUCAGUGAUGUUGUAUGACAUACGUAGUGUACGAGCCCUACAGAGCUUCCGACCACACUCCGAGGAUUGUAGAUCUGCUAGAUUUUCUAUGAAUGCGUUCUACUUGCUGUCUGGAUCAUAUGACAGAAAUAUUGUACUUACAGAUCUACAUGGAGAUCUACUGAAACCUUUACCAAGUGUAAUAGUUGCUGAUCAUCAUGAUAAAGUUAUACAAUGUAGAUGGCAUCCUAACCAACUUGCAUUUGUCUCAACAAGUGCAGAUAAAACAGUUACAUGCUGGGCACUUCCUGUAUAGAAGACUGGCCACUUCCUGUUUAUCAUUGUUUCUCUUACAGUAUUUUACAAUAAGUUAACUGGAACUAGAUGUCAUUUUUACAUACACACAAUGUCUGUGUAGCAUACAAGCACUUGUUGAUUAUACUGUAAGCAUUUUUGAAUAAGAAAAUGGAUUUUUUUCUGAAAGUAAUGCAUAAGUAUAGUAUUAUUGUCACAUAAAUACUUGCUGUUAGUUUUCUUAAAUGCAGUAAAUGUGUUGACGAAAUUUUCAAUCUUACAGACAGUAGCUUCCUUUUAGUAGUUCUUUCAGUCAUUUCAUAUUAUCCAUUAAAUAAGUUCAAGUAAGAAAUAACAAAAGUUCUACAAUUGUAGUUAAUCAUCAGUG